AUGAAGAGAAAGGGUAAUGGAGAGGAGCCGGAUCCCGCAGAUGCAAUACAUUAUCAAAAUUAUGCGGUGAUUAAGCUACUGGAAAAACAUGGUGCCAAGCCUCCAUUAAGUUUGCUAUUCCAUUCUAGUUACUGUUCAGGAAAAAAGCUAUUAUUUUAUAUUGUGUUAAGAGCUGCUUGUGAUAAUGUGAACAAACUUCUUGUUGGAAAUAAGUGUGAUCUCACAGCACAAAAGGUAGUUUCCACAGAGACAGCUCAGGCUUUUGCUGAUGAAAUUGGCAUACCUUUCAUGGAAACAAGUGCAAAAAGUGCCACUAAUGUAGAACAAGCUUUCAUGGCUAUGGCUGCUUCAAUCAAGAACAGAAUGGCAAGCCAACCGGCAAGAGCGGUUGCUGUUCAUCUUGAAAGGACGAAGCUCUGUUGCCUUGAUGAUGAUUCUGAUGUGGAGCUGUGGUGA